CGGUUCCGAGAAAAGAAAGAGACACGCGGGGGAAAAGGACGAUGAAGUGAAACAGAAUGGAAGCGUCCCUUCCUCUCCAUCUUCUUAGCCAAAAGGGAUCUCCCUUCUUUUCUCUCUCUCUCUCUCUCUCUGUAGGGUUUCUUGCGUCAGCGGACAGCCGGAUCUAGUGCUUCUCGUCUCCGAUCGCCUUGUUUGUGUUCCGCAAGUCGACACUCUGUUGCUUCCAGGUUGGCGAGGAAUCGCUCGACGCUUCUUCUGAUAAAUGAAUAGAUUAAGGAGUUCCUUGCAUCGAGUCGGUUGAAUUCAUUGUUCGCCUUGUGUAGAUUAAAAGAGUUGUAGUUGCGGGACCUACGCGGAGGAUCAGCGUACGUUCCACGGUUCUCUUCGCUUGUUUCUGUGAUCCUUAAGCCUGCAACUGCCAUCUCAACACGGGAUCUGCGUUUCACCGGAGUCGGCUGACAGAUUUCAUUGCUGUAUUUCAUCCCGAUGAAUAAUUGAUGGGCUUUUCUCUUUGUUCUUUGAAUUGGAGAACUACUUAGGAUGUGGUUAUUUCUUCUGUACAUUAGUCACCUUAUUCGGCUGGAUGGUGGAUUUGGGCAUUUAAAUUGAAGCCGGAAAAGAAGGAAUGUGCAUGGUUUCCUUCACAUGGAUUUCUCUACCCUCCAGUCAAGGAUUUCGUCAGCGCCAUACAUUCCACCUCACAGGACGCAGAUCCAUCCUAGGAUCCAUCCGUUCUCCUCGCUGAAUUCGAAGCCGGCGAGCAAUACCUUUUUUACUCGCGAGAAGUGUUGGAUCUUUCUUGCCCUUCUCAUUCUUGUAACGUUCGUCGUUUACCUGUUCUCCAUUGCCAGAGGAGUUCACUUCUCUUCGAAAUUCACUGCUGGAAGAGCCAAGGGCUAUGGAAUUAUUAUUGAUGCUGGGGAUUCGGGUUCCAGGGUCCACGUAUUUGAGUUUCUCACCGAUGGGGAUAUUCCCUUUGUUAGUUUCAACGGGAAAGGUUCUGACUCUGUGAAGUCUAGGGAAGGGUUGUCUGCAUACGCAUCUGACCCCAAAAAUGCUGGAGGCUCCCUUGUGAGCCUUUUGCAAUUUGCCAAGAAGAAGAUACCUGUAAAAGAAUGGGCGACUACGAAGUUGCAACUGAUGGUCACAACGGGCUUGGAAAAGGUGGACCCAGAAGGGAAGAGAGUCAUCUUGGAAUCAUGCCGACAGGUUCUGAGAUCAUCAGGCUUCCUGUUUAAGGACGAGUGGGCAGCUGUAACCACAGGCAGAGAUGAGGGUAUUUAUGCUUGGGUUGCUGCAAAUUAUGCUCUUGGUACUUUGGGAGGUGAUCCUUGGAAGACCAUUGGUGUAGUUGAACUUGGUGGCACUUCUUUGCAGGUUACUUUUGUUCCAAGGGAGCCACCUCCCUUAGAAUUUUCUCGGGUUGUUAAACUGGGAGGAACUACCUAUAAUCUCUAUAGUCAUAGCUUACUUCAUUUUGGCCAGGAUGCAGUUUGGGCAUUGUUGCAUGAAGCUCACAAUUCAGUCCUGAAAUUUUCAUCUGGUUCUGGUAAAGACACUUUAAUGAAUCCAUGUAUUCCAAGAGGAUAUUUUCACAGUUCAGAUGUUCCCCUCUCAUCAAAUUCAAGAUCUGUGUCUGCCAAGAAACUUUUGGAGUUUCCAACAGGGAACUUUUCAGCUUGUGUAUCUGACACUUUGAUGCUAUUGGGAAAGGUGACAGGUAAGUGCAUGAAGCCACCUUGCAGAACAGGUUCCAUUGUCAUUCCAGAGUUUCAAGGCAAAUAUUUUUCUGCACAGGACUUCUUCUACACUUCUAAGUUUUUUGGGCUUGUCCCGAGGGCAUCACUUUCAGAGUUGGUGUCUGCUGGACAUCAUUAUUGCGAAGAAGAUUGGAAUAAAUUGAAAAAUGAACAUUCUGGUAUGGACGAAGAAGAUCUGUUGCAGUUUUGUUUCUCAUCUGCAUAUGUUGUUGCCUUGCUACACAAUGGCCUUGGAAUUCCCAUGGAUGUCAAGAGGAUUGGAUUUGCAAAUCAGGCAGGAAAUGUACCUCUUGACUGGACGCUUGGGGCAUUUAUCCAGCAAAUAGCCAUGGAAGCUGAACCUGGUCCUGAAAUCCCAAUUUGGGCUAUGGGCAAGGAUUCUUUUACGUUCUUCACAUUUUUUGUAAUAUUCUUUCUGGCAGUUAUUUUUGCAUUUUUCAUAUCAAAAUGGCAGAAGCCACAAGUGAAGACUGUAUACGACUUGGAGAAAGGACGAUACAUAAUCACAAGAAUCCCCAGGUGAUAUUAUCCCCUGUGGUUUUUUUUUCUCUUUAUCA